AUGGAUGAAAUUAAACUAAGUGAUGACGUAAUUGAACAAAUAAAAGAUUUCACCCAUUGGAAAUUGACUGAAGAACAAGAAUCGCUAAUUGAUAAACUAAUAACAGACAAAGAAUUAAAGAAAUGCUAUAAAAGAUAUGGUUUAUGUGAAAAUUGUAAACAGCCUAGAACAAGAUUUUUUUAUUAUUGCAAUUAUUGUAUAUUUCAACCAAAUUUCAAAAAUUGGACAAGUGGAAAUCAUGACGUUGAUGAAUUUAUUCAAAAAGCACAAUUAAAAGCUAGUUCUUACGAUAAAAUCAUAGAGUGGAUUGAAUAUGAUAAAUUUGAAGAUGUUAAAUAUUUAGCAAAAGGGGGUUUUGGAACUACUUUUAAAGCAGUUUGGAAAGAAGGUCAUAUUAGUGAUUGGGAUUAUAAUAAUAAUAAAUGGAGAAGAAAAAGUGAAACAAAAGUUGCUUUAAAGUGUUUGCACAAUUCCCAAGAUAUUACAGCAGAUUUUUUAAAAGAAGUUGAAUCAAAUAUUUUAGUAUAUAAUGUUGGUUGGAUAGUUCGUUGUUUUGGUAUUACCAAAGAUCCAAAAACAAAUGAUUUUAUGAUGGUAAUGGAAUUAAAGGAUGGUAGUUUAAGACAGUAUUUAAACAAUUACUUCAUUUCAAUGAAUUGGAAUAAAAAGUUGCAUAAUUUACAAGGUAUUGCAUCUAGUCUUAAAGAUAUUCAUAAUAAAGGAUUAAUUCAUCAUGAUUUUCAUUGUGGGAAUAUAUUAAACGAUGAGCAUGGAACGGCUUUUGUUACUGAUUUGGGAUUAUGUCAACCUGCUAAUGUCAAAUCCUCUCAAAAUAGUAAUAAAAAAAUAUAUGGAGUAUUACCUUAUGUAGCUCCAGAAGUUUUAAGAGGAAAUGAAUAUACUCAUAAAAGUGAUAUUUAUGGAUUUGGAAUCAUUGCAUAUGAAAUUUGUACAGGUUUCCCUCCUUAUUAUGAUAUACCUCAUGAUGAAUUCUUGGCAAUGAAAAUUUGUAAGGGAUUGAGGCCAACGUCUAAUUAUAAAAUUCCUCAAUUAAUUUUUGACAUUAUUAAUCAAUGUUGGAAUGCAGACUCUUUAAAACGACCUGAUGCAAAUGAAUUGCAUGAGUUAAUAAUGAAAUUAUUUCGUGAUAUUGCUGACAAUAAAGUGGAUUCUGUAGUUUAUGGGCAAGUUAAAGAAGCAGAUGAAAUUAAUAAAGAGUCAUCUUCAACAGUUCAAUCACCAUUAUCAUUAUCAUCUACUAGUGCUAGUCUUUUAUAUACAACACAUCCCCAAGCAGUUUACACAAGUAGACUUUUAGAUUUUAAAAAUCUUCCAGAACCAAAAAAUGCUGAUAAUAAUGAUUUUCAUGGAGUAGAAUAUUCAGAUUCUUUAAAAGUUGAUUUUACUAAGCUUGAUAUUAAUUCUAAAGAUGAAAGAAAUUAA